AGCAUGCGCACUCCUCUAAACAACUUCAAUCUAUUUGGAAGGGGACCUGGUCAGAAAGUGAAUGCGAAUCCCGAUAGUCGUCAUUGUUCAACCUGCCCAAGACCCGAUCAAGCUUCGACCAUGGCAGUGUCAGCGACCGCUAUUCUGCUAGACGGUAAGGCGACGAGCGACGAGAUCCGUACGCAGCAGCUGCAACCUCAGUGUGCCGCCUUCAAGCAGCGCUACGGCCGAUCUGUGGGGCUUGCAGUGGUUGUUGUGGGCUCCCGCAAAGACUCGGCCACGUAUGUGCGCAUGAAGCAGAAGGCGUGUACCGCUGCAGGUAUCGCGUCCUGGAAGAUCGCAAUCUCCUUGGACGAUAAGCCCCAAGAGAAGGUAACCAGCGAGCUACUGGCCACCAUCAAGCAGCUCAGCAACCGCGAGGACGUAGACGGCAUCAUCGUACAGCUGCCGCUACCUUCUUUCUGCGACGAAAGCGCCAUCCUCGCCACUAUUGACCCCAAGAAAGACGUGGAUGGUUUGCAUCCCGAGAACCACGCAAAGCUCUUCCAAUAUGCGACUACAAAGGCGCAAUCAGAGCCUUCAUUCGCUCUGCCCUGCACGCCUGCUGGCUGUCUGGAGCUGCUGGACCACUACAAGAUCCCACUGGAAGGCAAGCACGUCGUGGUGCUUGGUCGCAGCCAGAUCGUGGGUCUGCCUGUAUCGUUACUGUGUCUCCAUCGCAAUGCAACGGUCACUAUGUGUCAUUCACGGACUCAAGAACUUAAGAAGCGUGUGCUUGAGGCGGACAUUGUCAUCGCAGCCAUGGGACGUCCACGCUUCGUGCAGGGAGAUUGGAUCAAAUCCGGCGCUACUGUCAUUGACGUGGGUAUCAACGCUGUAGAGGACGCAACCAAGAAGAGCGGAUAUCGUCUGGUGGGCGACGUGGACUUCGAAUCGGCUGUGAAGGUCGUGCAUGCCAUCACUCCUGUGCCUGGAGGCGUUGGCCCCAUGACUGUAGCCAUGCUACUCAAGAACACCAUUCAGUGUGCAAUUCAACGUGUGCAACAAUGAAUUAAGCACGUUACAACUCAAAACUCUUAGGAGAACCACCCAAAACCCAGCAAUUUGCUCGGCUUUGGCUGCUUCCUACUAGGUAAGGCGACACAAACUAGUUCCCUGACCUCAUACGUUUUAUCAGUUAUCCAAGAGAAAAUCCUGUUCGUCUUCUGACGAGAAUUGUCCGCUCUCUUCUACAAGCUGCACGUCUUGAUGUAGUUCCUCCCAAUACCCUCCAGGUACUGGCGCUUCCAGUUCGUCUUGAUCAGCAGGACGCGAGUGCAUUGACGCUUGUCUCUGAUGAAGUUCAUUCACGGCUUCCUCCAGUCUCUCCAGCGCUGUCUUCUCACUAGCUAGACGCUUUAAAUUCUGCUCUUCUUCUCUCGGUUCAGCUCCAAACCGCCGCUGUGCUUGGAGCAGUAGCCGCAUACAAUCAAGCUGACCAUACGCUGCAGCGAUCUGUGCUGGAGUCUCCCAGUCGUUGUUACUCAAUGUUGGAUCAGCACCGAGUGCCAGUAAGUUCUGUAUCACCGCAGCACGUCCUGAAAACGCGGCCCAAUGUAGCGGAGUGUCACCUCUUUCGUCUGCUACAUUCACGUUGGCUCCAUGUUGUACUAACCGCGCAAUAAUCGCAAGUGCAGCAGGCGAUUCCACCGCGUAAUGCACUGGAGAUCGAUGUAAAUCGUCGAAAGCAUUGACGUCUGAUACUCCUCCAGGUGUCAACAGGAACACAGUCAUG